ACAAGUGGGAUGCACUGUUGAGCUCUACAUCCCGAGGGGUUCAUGUUGAUUGUACAGAGAUUGUGACAGCCGGUAAAAUGGCGUCCCUUGAAAGGGCAAGAACAAGAUGUAUGUCAGGAGAAGUGCAGUAUUCUCAUAAGGAGACGUAUACAAGGAAUAUGGAGAAGGAAUUGAGGGAAAAAGAGAGGCAGAGGAGGACGAAGACUGAGAAGGAGGAAGAGGGUGAGCUUGAGUCUGUUAAAAAUGGCUGAAAAAAGAGAGAUUGUUUGUUAAAGAAGAAUGGAAGAGGUGUAAGCAGAGUGAGCUUUACGUUGGAUCGAAGACGAGGAGAAAUGGAAGUGAAUGAGGGCGAAAUAUCGGAGGUGGUAGGUGUGGUGAAGUUCUCGGAGCCCGAGACUUGCACCAAGGGUCAGGAUAAAGAUGAGUCUGUGACAGUAGGAGUGACAUUUUCUUUUUAAAGUGCACCCUAGCCUUUUAGCUGAUCAAUUUGUGGUUUCAGGGCGGGUGAAAACAGACUUGAGUGGUAUGGAAUUGGUGAAGGUAACCAGAAGUGAUCUUGUGUUAAUUCUUUGUGAUUCUGCUGGUCAGAGGGAGCAGGGGCUCCGCAUCAAAUGAAUGGGGACAAGAGAAGUGAAUUAUUUUGCUCUCAAGGAAAGGGCAUCACUGAGAGGAGUGAUUACUGGGGUAGGGGUAAAUGUGAAAGUUGACCAACUGAAGGGGAAGAUUCCCAGUGUUUGUGAUACUCAUCAUUUGUUGUGACACAGACAGGGUGGCGUCAGUGGUGAAACAAAAGAGUCUGUCCUUGAGUUUUGAUGUUGAGUCUUUGCCCAACAAAGUGAUAGGAUAUAUAAGUUAUCCUGUAUGAGGAUUUGUGCUGAAUACAUUACAUUGUUACAGGUGUCAAGCUUAUGGGCAUUUGGCAGCAGUGUGUAGGAGGGAGGUUCCUAGGUGUGAGAAGUGUGCAGGAGGGCAUGAGACAAAGGAAUGUGUAACAUUGGGGAAAUGAGUCGUAUGUGUUAAUUGUAGGGGUGCCCAUGGGGCUGGGGUUCAGAAAUAUAAUGUGUGAGAGAGGCAGUUUGAGGUUUCCAGUAGAGUAGUGGUUAGAGUAGUGCAGAAGUUGUGGUACGCUGAGGCGGUGAAGAAAGUAGAGGAAGAUGGGUCAAGGGGGAGGGAUCCUGAGAGGAGUGGUGUGAGUAGUAGAUCUGUACCAGUACAGAGGGAUAGGCCAACAAGUGAUAUAUGUUUCAGUGAGAUUGGAUUUUUAUCAUUUAUAGCAAUGGUUAUCAACUGUACUGCAGGGAUGGAACAUAAUUCACAGUAUAUUGGUGGCAGCUGCAAAUAGUUAUUUGGGUCAGAAGAGUUACAAGGUGUUAAUUGGUGGUGUCCCAACCUUUCAGGCUGUUGGCUUGAGGUAGGAUUAAAAAUAUGUAUAUAGUGGAGUAGGGUGGUGAGUGUAGGGUUAGAUGGUAGGGUAUGUGUUGAUUUAUAUAUUUUAUGAUUUUUUAUUUUAAGUAUAAGGAGUAUACUCCAGUCUAGUAGGUGGCGGCAAUGCAACAUUUGUUGGAUGCCAACCGCCGUAAAACCUAAUCGAAGAAGAUACCAUAGUAUUGGGAGAAUCCUGCCUCCUCUUUCACAAGUGCGACUAUAGCUAGUUACGGUAGCGCCAGCUGGAGCAGCCAUGGAUCCAAGCACCACUAUUCUCCGGGUGAAAAGAAAGAGAGGAACUGACCCUGCCGAUGCGUUGCUGCUUGCCUGUAAACGUAUUCGGCCAGAGACCACAUCCCAGACCGCUGGGGAAACUGUGCCUGAGCCCGAUGAUGCAGAGGUUGAGAAUUCAGUCUUCAAACUCGUGGCAACCGUAGCGUCACAGGAUGCCCCAGUCCAGACACAGGUUCGUGAAGCACUGGCCCGCCCCCGCAUGGCCCAUGCCCUGCGCCCCUCAGGCAGCUCCCAGAGGAUUGUGGGAGAUCUGCGGAGCGUAAAGUGGAGCACCAGACGGGAGGAGCGAUACAGGAUCCUCUCCAGCCAUCGAGCAGGGAUGCCUGCAGAACAGUCCCCCUCAACACAGCCAGAGCCCACAGAGGAGCCAGGCAAAAAUGCCUGGAGCCUGGGUGAAGUUCAGGUGUUUGACAUCAUCCAGGAAGAUGGGGAACAGGAUAAAGCUCCUAGCAAGUUGCUGACCCCUGACCCAGAGACUAUCCUGUGUAACUCGAUGAAGAUGCUCCGUGAGAAGCUGAGUGUGUCUGGAGAGGGUGUGGGUGUUGAGCAUCGUGAACGGGAGGAUGACUACGUGUAUGACCUUUACUACCAGGAAACAGUCGCUGCAGGCUGGAUCCAGGACAUCCUGUCCGUCAGGCCCUACUCAGACGAGGGAGAGUUGGUGGUGAAUGAGGAAGUGUAUGAGGAUGAGAAUGAAGAGGGGAACUGGAGGAAUGACUACCCAGAUGAGGAUGGCAGUGACAGAGAGGAGCGCUUUGGAGGGUCCUGGGAAGUGCACUCGUACAGUCGGAGAUCCUGGGACCAAUACCAGGGCGAGGUGAUGCAGGAGUUAGAUGAUGAUGAUGAUGAUGGAGACAAGGAUGACUCCGACUGAUCUCCAACUUUGAGCAGUGGUGUUUGUCUUUUUUUACUGUGCAAGUGUUGGUGUGAAUGUGUGGUAGAUGUGUCGCACAUAACUAUGGUGUGCUUCUGGUUUAACUUGUAUGUUGGUGAGAUGGUUUGGACUGAGUGUUUGCAUGUUGUGCAUGGUAGUACGUACGUGUAAGCGUAUGGUAGUGAUUGUGCAUCUGAAAGUGUGGGUCUACAUUCCCUGUCACACGGGAGCUUGUACUCUUGAUGUGUGAUGAAAGUGACGGCAAAUCCCUUCUGUAAAUAUGUAGAUGUGUAUAAAAAAGCUUUCAAAAUAAAUGUAAGACUUCAAAGAAAUUGUGCAUUAUUGCUGCGAUGAAUGAAAUUACUGCAAACUGGUUAAGAAGUUUUAUUAAUAAAACCAAUCUUCCAUGGAAUUAGUAUUCAGCAGGCAAACAGAGCCAACUCAUUCCUCAUUUAACUUGUUCAUGGGUAACAGCGUCUUUCAUAUUCACUGAAUAACUAAAUAUUGGCCCAGGAGAUCCUUUGCAUGGUUAACUUACAGGUACAAUAAAGUUAACGUUCUGUUUAAUUCACUGCUGCUGCCCCAAUAGGCCCAUCAAGUGAUCCCAACUGUUGGUAAAGCUGACAUGGCCUCAGUCACCAUGGUCUUUGGAGGGUUACGUUUGCCAUUGCUGAGAUGAGUUGGCUAUUGCACAUUUUCAAAAGUAGUACAGAAGGUCUUUGUGGGAGGGAUUCGGGUUUAUGGAUAAAUAGUUUGCAUACUACAUUAACC